UUCAUCAAAUAUGGCGGACGAGAGAAGAGCGAAGUGGUCUGCGUGUUAAAAUAUAUGAAGCGAUUUUCAGUUUUAUCUAUGGACGGCAUAGGAGUAGCUCUACGGAGUGUUAUUUCUCGAGUCAAAGAUGCAACGGCUAAACGGCCAAGUGUAAGUCAGAGCGUCGACAAAAAACAUUGUUUGAUUUAAUCUGAAGGUUUUAUGUUACGUUUUCUCUAAUUUACUGUGGCAUCCUUUUUUACAGUAGUAAGCUUACUUACGUUAGGACGUAAAGUUUACAUUAAUUGCAUGAGCAAUCUACAGUUUUCGAGAUAGUCAACAACCUGUAAUUGACAGUCUUUUAAGUCUGAUGUUAUUUGAUUUGAGCUUUGGAAGCUCAAAUCAAAUAACAUGUGAUGACCUAGUCCAUUACGUAACGGACUGAAAACCCUCUACAGAAAGAUAUACUAUUUUGUCAUUGGUAUUUGUUGCAUGCUAGUGGAUUCAAAAAACACCUGCACUGGUUCCUUAUGCACAUGGCAUUGGCUUUAAUUUUCCCAAGGGUAGGACCCUGCCCUCCAAUUUCCAGACUAAUUGGAUGACAUCAACUGUCAAUACGUGACCAAUCACAAGUAGAGAGCACUUGUCAGCAUGGUCAAACUUAAUUUCUUUGUUUACAGGAAACUGUCAAGUCGAGAAGCUUAUUUCAGGGUUUACGUCAGUGUAAAAAGCUGUGAAUUCUUUCUUUGUUUUCUAGCUAUUAUUUUUCCCGGCUCUAUUGUGUUGACUUCUCAGUGGCUUCUUUGUAUUCAUUGUUUUAUGUCACUCAUGAGUUUCACAGGUUUUUACACCGAGGAUGAGCCCUUUUUUCAAAUGAUAUCAUGGGUGGGUGUAGUGUUUUAGGACACCAGAAAACACUAAGUCAAUCACAGAGUCGGACAUACAUGGUUCACAUGGGCCUUGAAAAGUCCUUGAAAAAGCGUUAUGUCCUUGAAAAGUCCUUGAAAAUUGAAAAAUAAUAUUGUGGGAUGUCCUUGAAAAGUCCUUGAAUUUUCCACAGAAGUCCUUGAAUAUUUUUGAAAGCUCCUUGAAUAAAAAUAACCUUCAUUUUAAAAAAAUGUUUUGCGCAAAGGAAUGAUUGAAAACACAACAAUACACAAAAUUUUUUUCGGUGAUCAUGAAAGUGUUUUCUUUAUAUGACUUUGGUGUUCCUGGCACAGUUCAUUUUCCAUUAUUUGAAGAACCCUAGGAACUGUGAAGAAAGGUAUUGCAAUAAGCAAACCCCCCUCCCUCCACCUACGCAUUUUAAAGGUCUUUACUUCAUGUUAUUGGGGAAAAAAAUUCCUUGAAAAAUGAUUUUAGUUCUUGAAAAUUCCUUGUCUUUUUCCCAAAAAAUACUGUAUGAACCACGGACACAAAGUCAACAUGCUUUCUUCACUCCAUCUUCUCCGCUUAACUUACAAUUCCUGAUGCUAGUACCCAGUACACCACAAUCCCUCCUUUUCUUCAGGAACAAGCUUAAAUGACUGGCAAAAGAAAAACAGCUAAUGAAAUAAUGAAAUCUUAGACUAAACACUUGCAUAGCUAAAUGAAACAAAGUUCACUGUCCAUAAGAACAAAGGAAGAAUCUGUCAUCUUAUGAUAAAGUUACUAAUCUGAGUGAGUUCCAUUAAAGUUUAUUCAAGUACAUAAUCUUCCAGAGCUCUAGGGGGACGACUAACCCUCCCAGAGUGGCGUCUGGGUGGUGGUGGGCACACUUUCCAUAGUCUCUGACGGUUCCUGUGGGUUGGGAGCCACGUGAUCUGGACUUGAAAGUUGAUCAGGCUGGUCUGGGUUGUCUCCUGUACUGUAGUCACUCUCUGGAAUUUCUAAUGGCUUAAGAUGCUGCAAGUUUCUUUUAACUUCCACUCCCUGAGGGGACUGCAUAAUGACCUGGUCACUGUGAUGACGGGUAACUAUAAUACUUGCUUUCAUAUGACGCAGACAACUUAUUCUUUUUCCUUUUUUCAAGCAGAACUGCAUCUCCUCUGCCCACGGAUCUGUCUUUCGCCUGGUACAUGUAUCUUCUAUCAGCAUAAUCUUCGGCUAGCUGUUUCUUUUCUGAAUCUCUGUCUCCAACGUGUUGAAAAACCACCUUCCCCUGCUGCUCUUCAUCUGUGUCUUUAAGCUCGGGUAACCUAGUUGUCAGCUUUCUCUUGAAAAACAGCUCUGCUGGGCCGACUCCAGUAGUGGAGUGGUUAGUUCACUGAUAUGCUAGGGAAAACUUGUUGAGCUCAGCCUGCCAAUGUUUGCCUUCCACUUGGGAAACUCACAUCGCCUUUGGGAGUGACCAGUCUUCACGCUCAACCUUGCCAUUGGCCCUGAGCCACAAAGGUGUGGUGUGGUGGUACACCACACCCAUUUUCUCUAGGCAAUUCUGCAUUUCCUUAGACACAAGAUUAGGACAAUAUUAUCUGUCCCUUAGAACAUCAGGUACACCAAAUCGAGGAAAAUGGUUGUCUAGGCACUUGAUAAUAGUGGCACUCGUUGUACUACGAAUAACAUCCACUUCCGUCCAUCUGGAGAAGUAGUGUACCACUGCCAACAAAUACUCUCCCCCAGGCAGUGGUUGUAGCAAGUCCAGGGCUAUCUCUUGCCAUGCUCUGUCAGGUAACCUCGUGGGCUUAAUUGGUGGGGGUGGGACAUGUUUGUUGACUAACUGACAGUCAAAACAGUCUCUGCAUUGCUUCUCUGCAUGUCGAUUGAUCCCAGGCCACCAUACUUUGGACCUUAAGUGCUCUCAUCUUCACAAUGCCCUGAUGCCCCUCAUGGGCUAGAUCAAGAACUCUCUUCUGAAGUUUUUCUGGGAUUACAAUUCUUAUUCCUCGUAACACUACCUGGCCAAGGUAAGUUAGUUCAUUGCAUACCACUGCAAAAUCCUUAGGCAUUUUGCUCCGGUCAACACUCUGCAAACACGCACUUCCUCAAUUCUCAAGGCCACUGGUACCGCUUAUAGAGUGACUUCCCAUACAUAUUCUUCGUCUUGAAUGUACCACUGUGAUGCUGGGAUUUUUGUUGAACGCGAUGGUGCAUCAGCAAUGUUGUUUUUUGAUGAGACAAAACACACUCUGUAGUUAUAAGGCUGUAAUCGCAAUACCCAUCGUUUAAUACGGGCUGAUGGCUUUGAUCUUGGGCCAAAUAUGGUCUUCAGGCCUUGGUGGUCAGUCACUAGGUCAAACUCAGGGAAGCCAUUCAGAUAUAAAUUAAACCUUUCAUAUGCCCAUACCAGAGCUAUAGCUUCUUUUUCAGUUUGACUCUACCUCCGCUUUACAUCACUAAUACUCCUGCAUAGCACACAGUACGGCUCUACCCAUUCACCUCCUGAACUAAAAACGCCGCUAAGUCCUACCGGGCUGGCAUCCGCAAUAACCCUUGUGUGUGCGGUCUUGUUGAAAUAGGCCAGGAUAGACUCUUCUGCUAGUUGCUCUUUCAGUUUUUGGAAAGCUUUCUCCUGUACAUUGGUCCACUCAAACUUGACUCCAUUCCUGGUAAGUGCUCUUAGGGGCUAUGCGGUAGAGGCAAAGUCUGGAAUAAACUUGGAGCUGAAUCCAACCAACCCAAGAAUUAGAAAGCUCCUCACUUCUGAAGGUGUAGUUGGACGACUGACCUCCUUCACGGUCCAACACCAUGCUUAGAAAGGAGAAUUCCCAUAAAGACUAUUAUUUUUAUUCAUUCUGAAGGUACACUUCUCACUUUUGAAAGUCAGAUUUUUCUCUUUCAACUUGGCCAAUAACUUGUGCAAUCUCUGGUUGUGCUCUUAGACUAAGACAGAUUUCCCAUGGCAUAUUAAAUCAUCUGUGACAUUAACAACUCCCUCUGUCCUUGCUAUUGCUUGGCUGAUAACAUGCUGGUGUUUCUCGGGUGCAGCAUUCACCCCAAAACUGAGCCUUUUGUACUUGAAGAGGCCUUCAUGGGUGAUAAAAGUAGUAAUGUCGCUCAAAUCUGCAUGUAACUCUGUCUGGUAAAAUCCUCAGUGAAGGUCCAGCUUUGAAAACAGCUAAGUGUACUACCAUUUAACUCUUCCAAGACCUCAUCAACAGUGGGGAUAGGCAGCCUUUCACGAACGAUAGCUCCGUUAGUGCAACGCAAGUUGUUGCAAAAUCUUAUUUCUCUGGAAGGCUUGGUGCUAUAACAACGGGACUCGCCCACGUAGUAGGGCCUUCUACUCGAUCGAUGAUAUCCUCUCUCAGCAACUCAUCUAUUUUGGCAGAAACUUUUUCACGAAGUGCAAACGGGACUCCUUAACUUUUGCACCACUGGAGGUAUAUUUGGGUCAACAUGCAAAUGCAACUUAAAAUCUUUCAGCUUUCCUACUCCUUGAAACACUUUAGGAUACUUCAUCUUAAGCUCACUUGCCAAACAGUAUUGCAACCUACACCCCUGGGGCCACAUUAGGUCCUACAUGAAGAACACCCAGUUCUCUUACAGUUUCAUUUCCCAGAAUGUAAUGUCUGUGCUUGCUGAUAACAAAAUCAGGAGAUACCUUCACAUUCCCAGCACACACUACAGCUCUAAACUGACCAAUCACAUCAAUUUGCUUUCUCCAUAAGCAAACAGUUUCUUUGAGCAAUGUUCAACCUUUCCCUUUAAACUUAAUCCCUUCAAUUUAAAGAAAUCCUCCUCCCCCCUCAAAUUACUCACUGACCCUGAAUCCGUUAACAUUUCCUGAACAAAACCAUCGAUACUCACAUUCAUCAUAGACUUGCUUAAAAUCGACACCAUACACACCUCCUCGAGUGCUUCCUCCAUUACAGCAAGUGCAAAUGCUGGAUUCCUUUACUCGCAACUGACAUGCUCGUCUUCCUCAGAGUAACCUCCCACUUGGUUUGUUUGUCUUCCAGCUCCUUUUUUGCCAUUGCUAGCUUUUCUCUGUUGGCUGUCUUUACCACUUUCUAACGAAGAACGAUUUCCUUUGCAACAAGAAGAAAAAUGUCCUUGUUUUUAACACUCUGCAGCAAACUUUCUUCCUUUUGCUGGACAGCACGAAUCCUGAGUGAAAUAUCCCUUCUUCCCAAAACUGAAACAUGUUUUUCCUGACUGGUCCCCAGCCUUUUCUUCUCUCUUUCCGAUGGCAUUAACACUCGUUCCAGCCAUCAUGCACUGCAUUUGUUGUUUGGCUGCUUCGAAAGCUCUUGCUUUUUCGAGAACCGCAUCCAAAGUGAUGUUUCUUGUUUCCAACAAUUUCUUUUUCAGCUCCAUAUCAGUUAACUUGUCGAUUAAAAUUACAGUUUCUUGCCUGUUGGUGAAGAUACACUAGGUAUUCGUCCACUGGCUCCCAUUCAUUUGGCACCGUUUGCCCAAAUAUGUGUCGCUCGAACGGUAUGUUUUCUUCAGCAUGAAAAUGGUGAUUCAAUUUGUUCCUAAUGCACGCAGUGUACGGAUCCUGAUUAUCUUUCUGGGUCAGGGUUUGCAAUAUCCUCGAAAAUAUCCUGAACUUCCAUUCCCCUUAUGCAAACCUUUUCCUUCGGCGUAAUACGCGAAUGCCCGUUUCCAUUUUUGCCAUUGAUCCUGAUAGACCAAACAGGGGCAAGGCUCUCUCUGACAUUUUAUCCUGUAUUCAUCGCCAAUGUAGUGUUUUAGGACACCAGAGGACACUAAGUCAAUCAUACAGUCGGACACAAAGUCAACAUGCUUUCUUUACUCCAUCUUCACCAAUUAACUUACAAUUCCCGAAGCUAGUACCCAGUACACCACAGUGGGGGAAUUUAGCAAGGCAAAUUACCUUGGGUGAAGUGCUUGUCAGUGGAAAAUUAACCUGAUAUCCGUCUCAUACAACUGGGAUUUGUUGUGCACAACUGUUAACAAAGACCACAAGUACUGACCACUGAAAAGCACUCCCAUGCUCUGAUCCCGCCAGCUAUGCUGGCUAUGAUAGCUGGGGAUAAAAUUUUACUCAUUCCUUUUAGGCUUAGAGAAUCAAUGUAUUAUCUAUAUUCAAAAAAUCAGUGUAGUCAUGGUACAAUAAAAGAACACCUGAAAACAGUUUAACGGAUUGAUGCAUGAGGGGGGAGACUGAUUUGUCUGGAUUAUAUAACCUGUAAUAAUCUACCUCACAGUGCUUUAUAAAAUUAAUUAUUAUUCAUUCAAAAUAUUUCCCCAAUUCUGAUUGGCGAAAAGCACACGUUUAAUUCACCAUAACCAGUUACUGAUGACCAAAUUUGGAAGAAUUUUGUGUUUAACGAGGAAAUGAUGUCAAAAAUGCAGCGUUCAGCCUUAACCAAGAAGACCUGGGGACGAGGUUGAGUUGUUUUGGUUGUGGGAACAAAAAUGGCGGUCAUUUCACUCAUUUCAAGAGUAAGAACUAGGUGAAAAAAAUAGCUAGAAACAUGGCAAGAACAGCAAGAAGACAACUCGAAGGGCGACUUCUGCUAUUUGGAGAAUAUUUGCGGAGCUGGACAAACGUAAACGUGCACUAUUGAAGAUGAACUUAACAUCGAUGGAGGUAAGCAUGUUUUAGCCAUGUUUUUAAACUAGGAAUUAUUUUGAAUGAAUAGUAAAACAAUUAUUGAAUUCGGCUUUCGUAUCAUGAAGAAUUAUGGAGAUCUCAGAGGGUGUCAUCCUCCUCGGCAUAUGGCCUCGACGGAUAACACCCGUCCUCGAUCUCCAUAAUUCUUCAUAAGAUACUCAGCCUCAUUCAUUAAUUGUUAACUAUGUUGAUGAUUUAUUGUCAUUUAUCAUAAAUUUCAUCGUAACAAAUUAAAAAAUAUCCUAGUGAAAAUUUACUUACAAAUUUCCUAGCUUUAAAAAAAUGGUACCAGGUUUAAGAUCAAAUCUACCUGUCGUGUGGAAAAAAAUUACACACAACAUUGACAUUACCUGCUUUGAUUAAAUUUAAGGAGCUUCCUAAAACUGUUCCUCGUCUUGUUGCUGUCAGCAAACUAAAGCCUUUAGAGUGUAUUGUGGAAGCUUACCAGCAUGGUCAACGACAUUUUGGAGAAAACUAUGUAAGUGGAGGACAAUAAAUUAUUCUAGAACCAAUGAGAAAGCCUGUCGUAUAUUUCCAGUGUUUAUGUUUCAUAGCAAGAUGGCCAAUGAGAGGUUUUUAAAAAAAGACUCUGCUUAUAGUUAUGGAACAUUGUAAUUAACCAGCUAUAAAAUUAUGAACAUCUUAUUCAUGUAAUAAUGAAACUGUCUUAUUCCUACAAGUUGCAUUUUAUAUUUCCAGGUUCAAGAACUAGUAGAAAAAUCUAAUGACCAAAAGGUAGGCUUAAAAUUUCAUGACCUUAUUCUUGUCUUGAAUUCCCAUCUAGAUGUGAAACUAUAUUUCUGUAAUUUGUAGCCAGUGAUGUAAUCCUCUCUCAUUUUCUUAUCAGUUGUCUGUUCUCUAGUUCAUCAUUAAACAUGACACUCAUGGGAGACCCGGGAGUCUAGGGACAAUUGUAUGUGCAUGGUAGCAGUUGUAGCCAUUUUCUAUUAAUAAUGUAAUCAUCCCCUCACAUACAAUAUAAAUAUCACCAAUUUUCAGUGGGAGUAUAAGGCUCAUACUGAGCUUUCUUGUCCUUCGUGAUUACUUCAUUAUUGAACUGAUCUUAAUAGAUUAAUCCUCAUGAAAUAUUGUGGUAUUAUCUUUUUUUUAGGUGCAGGAGCUUCCAGACAUAAGAUGGCACUUUAUUGGUCACCUUCAGAGUAACAAGUGUAAUAAUCUUGUAGGUAAGGUACAAAUAAUAUGAGUGAGUAGACUACAUUUGACAAGCAGUUCCUUACGCAAGUGAGUAAAACAAGUGAUUAAACAGACAAAAGGGAAAAUGACGACCCAAGGGAAAUCUGUGGUUUCCUUCUAGGCUCGUUUGCUUGAGAUUCGACGCGAUAAGAUUGCCUGAAAGCUUUAUUAGAUCAAUAUGCCAAUAACUUGGUGUACAUGUCCGCUGUGCUUUCAAUGACCUAAGCAACCGAGCCUUACAUUGUCCCAGAGUUUCUAGCGUGUAUACUCAGGGUUGUCAAAAGUAGCCGGCUCCCGGAGAUAAUCGCCGCCUACUUGGUUAGUAUUGGCCGGCUACUCUGCUUGGCAUUUCUUUAUGGAUGGCAUUUUUUAAAUAAAAUUUCCCUGGACUGGCUGCUUACUUUGACAACUCAGCUGUCUUCUUCAAAAAUUUAUGACAACCCUGAUACUAAAAGUGGCCCGUAUAAGCCGCCUGUGAUACUACAUUCCCCCCAUGCAGUAGAGUAAAAGCCUAGAGAAACAUGGCUGGUUUUUGGUCCUUAUAAGGUACAGAAAGUAAGGUAAGUAAAUAACAAUGCAAAUUCAUGUCCAACUGACUAAUGACUGUUUGUUCACUGGAUCCUGUCUGGUAACACAUGGUUGGGAUAUUUGCUCUUGAGAUAUUCAUCCACGCUCCGAAGAGGUUUAGAGCUCCAACCAGUGGCGUCCAGUGGCAGAGCUGGCUGAGGUGCCACCUCUAUGUACUCUGUGGGUGGCUCCAUUCUUUCCAGAGGAUCUGAGGGCCCCACCUUGGGUAACCGCGCUUUCUCAGGACGUUCUUGCAGCCUUGGUAGCUCCCUUGCCUUGGGCUCCGCACUGGGCUUGUGACAAGAAUCUGGCCCUAGCUACUGGCAACCUUGUGCGCAACUUGCAGCCAGGGAACAUCAGUUCUGCUGGGGCUAGCUUGGUGGUCCCCGGUGGCGUUACUCGAUAGCAGUGUAAAGAUUGGUGCACUUCUUACCUGAAGAUCUGUCCAUUUAGUUGUCAUAUACGGUAUAGCUUCCUAAGCACCCACAUAAACUGCUCUGCUUCAGCAUUGGCCUGAGGGUGCUUGGGUGUCUUGCGCUCAUGCUUGAAGCCCAGGUACUUAAUGAAGUUCAUGAAGUCAUGUCCAUUGAAUGGAGGUCCAUUGUCACUGCCACAAACAGAGGUAUUCCCAGCAAUGAGAAUAUGCGGUCAAGCUUUGGUAUUAUUGCUUGGUACUUACAAACUCUACUUCAACCCACAGUGAGUGUUUGCAUAUGACAAGGAGAAGGUAUUCACCUCUGCUGAUGGGUCCCCAGAAGUCUGUGGCCACUUCCUUACAGGGUUCACUCGGCAAUGGUGACAUCUGCAGUGGCUCGUGCUCAUUUGCUGGCGUCACUACCUGACAUGGGUGGCAGUGCUGAAUGUGGGCUUCCACCAUCCAGUCCAAACCUGGAAACCAGACCCUAGUCCUGAGAUAUUCCUUUGUUUUUGUAAUCCCCUGAUGUCCCUCAUAAGCGAGCCGCACUACUUUGUCGUGAAGUGACUUGGGCAACACUAUGCAAGACCCUCACACAACCAAUCCUCCUACUACCGCUAGCUCUGUAAAGACUGGGUCAAACAGGGGCCCAAGGGCUUGCCGUUCUAGUGCAGUGAAGUACUCCCUCACUAUCGCACCCUUAAGCUCUUUGAGCUCCGCGUCUCUAGCAGCUCAUCCCAUGAUACUGCAUCUGGCAGUGUAGCUUGCACCACUGCCCUGAUGUCCUUCUCAAACAAUUCUUCUUCUUCACGAACAGUGAACUCUGUCUGUUGUACUGCCCUGGAAUCAAACGUUGUAAGUGGUUCGGGGUGCCUGGAGUUGCAAUCUGCUUCAUUAGUCUCCGCCUUUGCUUUCUUUCCAGGUACAUAAUUGAGCUUGUAAUCAAAUCCCUGCAGGUGAACUCUCAUUCAUUCAAUUCUAAGUGGCCUGGUGACUUUGUGUCUAGCAAACAGAUGCAGUAGGGGUUUGUGGUCAGUGUCUACCCCAAACGUAUCUCUGAGCCCAUAUAAGUACAUCUGGUUUGCGAGCAUGCCCAUUCAACAGCUUUUGCUUCCUUCUCAAGCUGCGAGUAUCUGGUCUCGGUAUCCGAGACCGAGAAGUUAUGGGUCUCCACCGCCUGGCAUGGGGUUCAUACUGCUUCAGUGUAACUGCUAAACCAUGGGGUCCCGCAUCUGUCCUGAGUGUGGUCUCUCAAUGUGGAUCAAAUUACGCCAUUACCGUGUCCCCUGACAGCGGCGGUUUGGUUUGCUCAAACGCUCUCUGGCACUAAGGUGUCCACUGAAUAGGUGCCCCCUGUUUGAUGAGGUCUCUUAGUGGUGCAGUGAUCUGCGCAAAACCCUCCAUGAGGUCCGCGUUAGCUCCUGCAAAGAAAAGGAACGAUUGCACCUCUGCUUGAGAUUAGGGCGGGCCUGCUUCCUGCAAUGCUGCCACCUUGUUAUGGUCUGGCGAGAUUCCUUCACUGGAGAAUACUUUGCCAAAGAAUGUCAUCGAUCGUUGGUUAAACUGACUCUUCUUUAUGUUAAGGGUCAGUGCGUGGCUCCGCCAUCGUUGCAGGAUAUGCCUCAAUCCCUGGUCAUGUUCCUCCUAUGUGGCACCAAAGACCAAGAGGUCACUGUAGAUGCUGAUGGCAUUAGGUUCGAAGGAUACGACUUUGCGGACCUCCUCAUUGAAUAUCUCCCCUGUACUGUUCACUCCAAAGUGCAGCCUCUUGAAACGCUUGAGUCCGCGAUGUGUGUAAAACGUUGUCAGCUUUCUGCUCUCUUCUGCUAACUCUAGCUGCAUGUAACCAUUGUUCAUAUCCAGGUGUGAAAAGAACUUGGCUCCAUUCAGCCAGGUUUCCAGUUUCCUUUGGGUGGGUAUGGUGUGCCUUGUCCUCUUGAUAUACUUGUUAACGUCCUUUGUGUCGAGACUGGCCCUAACACUUUCACCGUCGUUCUUAGGAGUGAGGACCACAUUACUGCACCAAUCUUUCGGUCCGUCUCCUACAUCCGCUAUGAUGUCUAGAGUGUGCCAUCUGUCCAAGAUUUGAUCAAACUUCUCUUUCAGGGGUAUGGAUACUCUUCUUUGUUUCAGAAUAGCGCCUGGGUCCAUGGGUACUACAUGCAUCGAACGGUACCUCAGUGGGCCAGUCGAUGUUUAAGAACUUGUAUAACUCUAAAGUAUUGUUUCGGUGUACCUCAAAAUGGUUGUUUAGCUCUUGAAUAUGCGACUCGUAAUUCGUAGGCUGCUCCGGUAUCGUUUCGAUUACUUUCUGGAGUUCGUCCCCGCCCACUAUCUGGAACAGAUCAAUCUUAUCCGUGUCACUUACCACCAUCCAUCGCAUUGACCCCUCAAAUCGAUCUCCCCACAGCUUCCACGCUUUCUCGCAUUGACCCGGCUCCCCUUUCAGACAAAUGGCGCCCACGCUCGCCUUAACUCUUGCCAGGACUCCCGCUUUACCUCUGUGUGUAUUGUUUUCUUCUUGUGUGCCUUCAUUUGGCAUUGUGUCCCGUCCUCGUCGCCAAUUUAAUAGAUCAAUAUGUCAAUAUAUUGGUGUACAUGUCCGCCAUGCUUUCAAUGACCUAAGCAAUCGAGCCUUACAUUGAGUCAGAGUUCCUAGCGUGUAUACUAAGUGGCCGUAUGAGCUGCCUGCGAUACUACAAAAGCCACUGCUUGUUCUUAAAUUACAAUAAUCACAGCGGAUCCUGCUCCUCUCAGAGUUAUGAGCUCCCAUAAAUUUUAUUAUUAUUCAUUCAAAAUAUUUUGCGUUUCUGAUUGGUUAAAACCACACGCAUAAUUCACCAUAACCAGCUGCUGUUGACCAAAUUUGGAAAGAAUGUUGUCAUAUUGAAGUGAAGUCAGCCUUGCGCCUCGGUGGAUAACACCCCCCUCGAGCUGCAGAUUCUUCAUAUCCUACUCAGCCUCAUUCAAUAAUUGCUAAUUAUUAUUAUGUUAAAACUAACUUGCUUUGCAGCUGGUUUAUUUAACGAACAGUAGUACCGUGAAGCGUGAAAUUUUUGCGGGAGUUUAUUCAUGCUGAUUGGCGUUUUUUUUGUGUUUUUCGGAAACUAAUUUUUGUGAUUAGGACUGACUGGUUUUCUUGCUUGGAAUUAACUUUUGCAAUUUUUAGAAAGUUAUUGAUAAUAGUUUCGUUUUUUAUUGAGUAGGUGGAAUGGAAUUACUCCUUUUCGAACAAUACUAUGGUGUGCAUUUCCUAUGUAAAACCAGUAAAACAGAUUACUGCUCUUUGCCACUGGAUUACAAUAACACCUGCGGUGGCUGAUUGUUCAGAUGAUCGAAUUUAACUUAGAAGAAAUUUAAUCUGGAGUAAAUUUUUGCAGAAAAAAUAUUUGCGGUAAUUUUUUUGGGAAAACUUAUUUUUGCUGAUCACUGAAAAGUAGUAAAACUUGCAAAAAAUUUUAUGCCACAUAGUAGUAGUCUAAGUAUUUGUUUAAUAUUUAGGUGUACCCAAUCUUUUUAUGGUGGAGACUGUAGACAGUACAAAGCUUGCAAGUGCACUAAGCUCUUCAUGGGGUAAGCAGAACAAGCAAGAUCCUCUUAAUAUCAUGGUACAAGUUAACACCAGUGAGGAAGAUAGUAAGUAUAUUUAUUUUUCUAUUAUUAUGUCGCAGUAUAAAACUUUGGAAUGCUGUCCUCAUUAUGAGUAGUAUAGGGCGCAAAACGUAACCUUCACCACUUGAGAAGCUAUACUUAGAAGUAAAAAAAGGUCGGUACGAAACCUAAAACGAUCCAAAUAUACAUAUUAUGAUAUGAAUCUCUCUACUUAAAAAAACAAUUCAGAAUAUUAUUAAAUUCUUAUACUCUGUAAAACCUACGCAAAGACAUGUUGAUUUAAUUAUCUCUACUAGAAGCCUAUUUAGAAAAUUAUUCAGUUUUUAUACUCUCAUUAUCUCUUAUAUACCUAAACGAGGCCAUCAUAAUGUGGUUAUCUCUACUAAAAGCUUAUUCAGAAUAAUAUCAAAAGCUUAUUCAGAAUAAGAAUUAUUACUAUUAUUAUUAUUAUUAUUAUCGUUAUUAUUAUUAUUAUCUUUACUAAUUACAUCUGAAUGGUUUGCUUUAGUCUUCCUUUGACAUUAAGUCAUUGUCCAUGACCUCAGCCAUCUGAUUCUGGCUGUUCCCAAGCUCUCUGUAAUGAUUCUGAAUGGCAUGUGACAUCAAGCUCAAUAGAGAUCAAACUUAUAAUAGCACGGGAGGCAAAUUUCAGGAAUCUGACAAGUGACUCCUUAACAGAGGGCAAUGAUUAGUUUUACAAUUUGGAUAUUCAAGAUCUUGGAAAUUGAAUGAAUGAAGACUCAGCAAGACAUUAAUAAAUGAGAGCGUUUUUCAGUGAGACUGGGCAUCAGUUAAGAAGGCAUCUUCAACUGCAGCUAUUUUGAGCUCAUCUAUGAAACCUUUAAUUCAAAAUGACAUGGGAUCUAGUCGGCUGAUCUCCUCGACCAGUGUUCUCAUCUUGGGCAAAAAUGUUAAGAAAAAAAUGCAUGUUGAAUGUGCACUAAACACUAUUGUCUUGAAAUCUCAAAAGGAUUUAUUUAUGAACAAACAAACUUGAUGUACAAAGUCAGCCAUUUGGCAAGAGCACAUGGUAAAGCGAAAAGACAUACUGUGCAUGUCCUUAGUGUUACAUAGCUACCAUUAAAUAUUUCAGCGCAAUAUCAACACAUCUCCCCUUUUUUUUUAGAAAAAGGAUACAACAAAAUGAACUGUUUGAAUACGAUGCUUAAGCAUGUUCUGAAAUCUAAUAAAAUAGAGCCCUAAGCAUAAGUUGUCCUAUGGUAAAGACAGUAAAAAGGACUGUCCUAUGUUCAAAGUUCACAGUUAACAAAAUCAACUAUACUAAAUGUCCUGUCUAUAACGAAUAGCACUACCACUUGAGGCUCUCUGUUCUGGAAUCGCGUUCUGAUCGCUUGUGUAAGGACUGAUGUUGCUGCUUUCGGGAACGUUGGUAUCCUCCGCCUGGACAACCUUGGGAGUAGGCUCACUGUUGACAUCCGGAAUUUGGGAGUCAUCUCCUGAUGUGUCAUGAUGAGUGGGUGUUGGGACCUCUCCAAGAUGCCAACGAUUCCUUCGCAACCUUCGACCACCACUGUCUAUGAUGUAUGACCUGGGACUUUGGUCUUCACUAACGACCUUAGCUUCCGUAGUCCACUCUUCUCAUUAUCCAGUUUGGCUCUGACCCAGUCUCCCGGCGGUAGCUUUGGUAAUUCUCUCGAGCCAUUCCGUUUGUCAAAGGUAUCCUUUGAUAUAAGCUUUUUUGACUGUGUAAUGGUGUGGAAGUUUUGGCUCUAAAACUUUGCUCAGUGUUGGGAGGGUAGUACGUAUCAGUCUUCCCAUGAUCAGCUCUGAUGGUGUCUUUCCAGUUGCUGAGAUUGGGGUUGUAUGAUAGGCCAUAAGAGAUGAUGCGGGCUUGAUGUGUUAUGCUUGAAUCCAUACUUUGUUUUGAACUCAUCAAGCUGUAGUGACUUGAACGGUGUACCAUUGUCACUUAUUAGUUCCUCCGGAAUUUCCUAUCUUGCAACUACUGACUUCAGCUUUUGAAUGACAACUUGGCCUGUUGUCUCAACUAGGCUUAAUAUCUCGAUGAACCUUAAAUAAUGGUCCAUCACUACUAGGUAUUUCUGACCGGCUAGCUCAAACAAAUCGGUAGACACCCUCUGCCACGAUUUGUCAGGUAGGUCUGUGGUCAUCGGUGGUUCCUUUCUUUGUGAUGGUUCGUUUUUCUGACAGAAUAGCCAUGACUCCACCUUGGUCUUGAUCUCUUUAGAAAUACCCGGACACCACAUGGAAAGGUUAUCACGUUGACGGCACUUCGUUAUACCCUGGUGACCUGUGUGAAUGCUCUCCAGUAUCUCCUCUCUCAUGUGCACAGGUAUGACUAUGCGAUCAUGAUAAUAAACCAUUGUUCAUUGACAAGUGUCCACGAGAAUCAAAGAACUCUCGUAUCUGGAGGGAACUUCUUCCACAUGUGUUGGGCACCCUUCUAAUGUGAACUCCAUCACUUUCAGGAGCUGGAAAUCCUUCUCUGAUUCUCUUAAGCUGAUCAUCUGUGGCUGGCCUUGUAGAUUCAACCAGCUCUACAAAUGUCUGAACGUUUUCUACUGUGUCGGGUUCCUGUUCUAACUUACAAGGGCUUCUGGACAGAGUAUCUGCCACCACCAUCUGCUUGCCAGGUACAUGUUCUGCUCGAGGAUUGAACAGCAUAAGGCGCAUCAGAAGCCUCUGGCAUCUUAGUGGUGUUUUAUCAAGAUCUCUGUGGCUGAUCAGUGGUACCAGAGGUUUGUGAUCUGUCAAGAGCUAGAAACGUGGAAGCCCUACUCGAUAACGUGAUAGUCUCUCACAUGUCCAUACUGCUGCCAGGCACUCAUUCUUAAUUUGAGCAUAUCUGACCUCAGUCUCUGUGCGUGUUCUACUGGAAAAACACGCUGGGCGGAGCUGGUCACUCGGACCUUGCUUCAGAACCCCGCCAAUUCCAUAACUACUAGCAUCUGCACAAACAACAGUGUUCUUCUUAGGACCAUAGAAUGCUAACACUGUAUUACUUGAAAUCAUUUCUUUGACCUUGGUAAAAGCAGUUUCCUGGGGAGGUCCCCAAGUCGAAGCUGUAUCUGACUUCAAUAGUUCGGUCACUGGAUGCAUUACUGUAGCAAGGUUGGGAAUAAACCUCCCGAGGUAGUUAAUCAUGCCAAUCAGUUUGCAUAGUUCUGGCACAUUGGUUGGCGUUUGAAGCUCUGUAGUUGCCUUCACCUUCCUCUGGGUCUGGACUUACACCCUCGGCACUGAGAACAUGUCCAACGUAUGUUAGCUUGUUUUUCUUGAUCUCGCACUUCUCUUUGUUCAGUUUCCGUCCUGACUCCAUAAUGACUUAAAAGGUGUUCUGUAAGUUCUCUCCAUGUUCUUCGGCGGACUUCCCAUACACAAUAAUGUCGUCCACAAUUGGUUCACAACCUUCUCUGUUCUUUAACAGAUCACUCAAUAGAGACUGAAAAAUUUCUGGAGCAGACGUGAUUUCGAAUGGAAGUCUUUUAAAACAGAACGUACCAAACGAAGUCAUGAACGUGUCAACUUUGCACUAUCUGGAUGUCGGGGGAUCUGCCAAAAUCCACUGGACACAUCAAGUUUUGAAAAGUACUGGGCACCAGCGAGUUUGGACGCGAUAUCUUCCAAGCUGGGCCCUACGAAUCUUGGGUGCUUCACUGCACUGUUCAGCCUUCUUAGAUCGACAGAGAUCCUGAGCUUACCAUUACUUUUCUGUACUGAUACCAUGGGCGCGCACCAUUCUGUCGACUCUGCGACUUUUUCGAUGAUACCAGCUUCUUCCAUCCUCUUAAGCUCCUCCUCUACUUUUGGCAUUAAAGGAAAAGCUAUUUUUCUUGCUGUGUUGACGCAAUAGGGUUGGGCAUUCUCAUCCAGUUGGAUCCUUACUGGCUCACACUUAAACAAGCCUGUAUCUCCAAGCAACUCAUCAUCCACCUCCUUUAAUCUCGCAACUAAACCCAUUUCACAAGCUGCUUGUCGACCCAGCAACUUACUUGCAAGUUCUCCACUGAUUACAAAAACAUUGAGUUGGUACUACUUGAUGAAAUGUGUCGCUGCUGUCGUAAACUGUCCAGCGCACUGCAACUUGCCUCCUGGACUGAAAAGGGCUAUCUUAGAUGGAUGUAACUUGGGCUAUCUGCACCGGUAUGAAUUUUGAACACCACAGGUUUACGACUGAUCUUAAGCUGGACCUUCUAUUUAUCAUCCUGAUCCGAAUCACUUGACAACGCACCUAAGAACCAACGACCAACACGGCUAUCAUUUGAAGCACUGCCACUAUCGCUAUUCACCUCACUCACAGACAUGGACCAACAAACGGCUGCAACGUGGCCCACCUUUUGACAUUUCAAACAUCGUUUAUCUUUUGCUCAACAGUGUUCAGGCUUUGAGUGAUGAAGACCGCAUCUACCACGCUUCUUCUGACCUUGCUUUUGGGAUGGAUCCUCUUUAUUCCCUUUUCCCUUUUUCCAACGUGGAUUAGUCGGUUUCUUCUUACUGUGCACCUCUUCUACACCCUUUGAUGCGAGGGAAUUCUGAUCUGUAACCUCGCUGAUACUUGACCAUUUCUGACUGGCGAGCUAUUUGAAUCGCGACUUCCAGCGUUAAAUCCGACUUUAAAUGCAAUUUCUGCGACACACCUUUAUCCAGAAUGCCAAUGACAAUUUUGUCCCGUAUUUGUCGAUCACGACUGUCCCCAAAAUCGUAGUGUUCGGUUAAUUCGUAAAGACUUCGUACGAACGAAUCGACUGUCUCUCCUUACUUUUGGAUCCUUUGGUGAAAACGUGCCCUCUCGUGAAUUAUGUUCCCUUUCGACACGAAAUGCUCAUCAAACUUUGCUAAAAUCACGUCGAAUUUUGCAUCAUCUCUAUCAGCUAAGGUAAAAGACUUGUGUACACAUGUUCUGCUUUUCUUCCCAUUGUGUAAAUGAGAGCACUGACUUGCAUGGCGCCUUCCUCUUUGUGAAAAUUCGUCGCGAGUCGAAAUCGCAGGAAAUUCUGCUUCCAAUCUGGCCAGUCAAGCGGUUUGGAAGGAUCAAAUUUCUCUGGAGGGCUUAAUUUCAGCGCUUUACUUGUUUAACCGCUGCCACCAUGUCUUGAAAUCUCAACAGGAUUUAUUUAUGAACAAACAAACUUGAUGUACAAAGUCAGCCAUUUGGUAAGAGCACAUGGUAAAGCGAAAAGACAUACUGCGCAUGUCCGUAGUGUUACUUAGCAACCAUGAAAUAUUACAGCGCAAUAUCAACAGGAGUAUUAAAGCACGAUUGAUUUAACAUAAUCCCCCCACCCUUUCCCCCAAUAAACAAUGAUGAAGUCCAGCCAGAUUGUUUUUGUGCCCGAAUGAACUAUUUUGGUCAGGGUGGGGUGGGGGAAGGGGGUUACUCUGGUGCCAAAUCUGCAUUGUUGUUGUCCUGUGUUGUUGUUAUCAAUAGUUAUACUUACAGUGUUCUUACCACGCCGCGGCAUUGCGGCAUUUGCGCACUUUUACAGAGAAUGCCGCACUCCCAAGGGGUCACAUGGGCGCAAACAGGAAAAAAAUCCUAUUACAAAACGUACAUAAACGUACGUACACACACGUACAUUUCCUUAUAAGCCAACAGUUACUUGGUUAUGGCUUCUUUACUCUAACUCAGAGCUGUAUAACGUUGAGUUAACUGUACGUAAAAAUUGGAUAUUUUAUUAUCUAAGAAAGGGCGAGGUAUUUACUCUAACUCAGACCUUUGAGGUAAAAGUUGAGUUAACUGUAUCUAAAAAUUGUGACCCGCUUUUCUCCCUCAUGACCCCCUUUAUCUGCUCCAUGGGUCGUGUGGACCCCAAGGUGGAAAAUCCUGGUAAGAACACUGUACUUACCUUAAUAAUAUUUUGAUAGGUAAACAUGGCUGUUCAAGCGAUCACUGUGUGGAACUUGUUCAACAUGUCAUCAAUCACUGUCCACAUUUGAAAUUCAGCGGGUUAAUGACAAUUGGUGAAAUGGACUACGACUGGAGUCAAGGGGGCAAUCCUGACUUCAUUGUGAGUAAGGAUUUGUUUAUUUUAUUGUCAAGGCAUUUACACCUUAAAUGUUCAAUCUUUAGGUCCUGGAGUCCACCUCUUGAAAGUCCCGGUAACUUUUCUAGCCCGAAAUCAAACACUUUUAAAAUCAAAAUGUGUAGUUCCAGAAAAUAUCCAUACUCCCCGCCCCCACGGAGGGAAACGGAAAUUCGGAGGGGAGGAGGGGUCCAAAAUGAGGCAAUCUCCGAGGGAGUGGGGGUGGCCUCUCGAGGUCUUUUUUCCGGGGACUCUGAGUAAGAUUGGUGAGUUAUUAGAAACUAAUAGCUGUUCUGUUGAGCAAGCUGUCAGUUGUUUUACUGUUACUCGGUGUUUUAAAGCAGAAACUAUUGUUUUCAUCGAUGAUCUUUUAUUUGCGGUCGGCUGAUUGGUUUUUUUCACGGCUUGCACGAUAGUUUAUUUAACACGAUUGUCGUCGGCUCAUGAAUAAACUUCUGAUUAUCUAUCUGUUGCUUUGUGACACAAUAUAUUGUGGUAUUCAAUGAAAUGUGGUCAUGUUCAAAUAAGCCUUCUUCUAACAUACAGUGUUCAAUUAGAAAUUAGUCAAAGUGGGUCAUUCUUAAAAUGGUGUGGAUCAAACUAUGAUACUGAAAACUUUGAACUAACAGACAUCACCCAAACACAGCUGUAUCACGGUGUGACUUGUUGGGCUUGAGGCUGUUGCCUGUUGAAGUUCUGGAGGUUGACUUAUUGAACUGACUCCUCCGGCUUCAUCAUCCUUAUUUAGUCCAUCUUCAUGCUUUUAAGUAUACCUUAUUAUACAUAAGGUAACUUUUUUGCGUCAAUAUGCGUCAGAAUGGAAUAUUCCGUGUCAUUGACGCGAAAACGCGGGCUAUAUUGAACACUGAACUUGUUUUUAACUGAAAGGAAGUAAUUGAAGUUCACUGCUUUGAGAGAUGGCAUUACUUGUGCCGUGUACGUCCGUACCGCCUCCAUUGACCUUAGUGACUAAGUGACUUUUUAUAAUUAAGAAAAACCUCUACAAGGCAAAAUUGAGAUUAUUUGACACUGUAUUAACAUAAAUGAAAUAUUUUCCUCGCUUUAUCGCAGAAACAGUUAUCUUUUACAUAAAGUAUGGUGCAACGACAUUUUUGAGGGAAAUAUUCUUUCCAGGAAGUACCCAUCCAAGUUGGAAUAUAACGGAAAUUCCAGGAGUUGGGAGGGUAUGACAAGCACCCCCUGGAAUGGAAAUUCCAGGGUGGUGGGGAGUCUAAAACAAAAGUGCCCUCCGUCGGGGAGGUAUGGGAUAUUUUUUGGAACUACACAAUCUAAAGAACUGAAAGUGUGGAUCCUAGCUGACAAAUCAUUCAAUUCUGUUAUGUUAACCGGUUGUUUUAUCAUGUUAUUUGAACAACUAUUGAAAGCUCUGUCUUGGAUGUAAUCAAUAGCAGCUUUCCGGGCCCGUCAAUUAUCGGGACUUUCGAGAAACAGGCCUCUGGUUCGCGCCUUGCUGUCAUGUUGUUUCCUUACACAAGAAACGUUUUUGUGUGCUGAGAUAGUACGCAGUAAAUACGGAGCUACAUGUAAAUGCUGUGAAUUGUUUGUUGGCCGGUUUUGCUUUAGCAGAAAUUCAAAAGAUGAAUGUGUACAUGACCAGAUAUCUGAACUUCCUGUUAGGGUCACUGUCCCUGGCACGCGGCAGAGAAGGAAAUGGUAAUUGCAGUUACUUAUGUGUAACUAACCCUGUUUCGUUUGUCUUGUUGUUUUUUUGUAGUGCUUAGUGCAGUGCAGGAAAGAUGUUUGUGAAAUACUAGGCCUCAGUGAGGAAGAUGUGGAGCUGAGUAUGGGAAUGUCAAGUGAUUUUGACAAAGCGGUGAGCACUCUUAUUCAUGGUUGGUACAACUAGCUGAUGUUGUAGUAUUUGAUUUCCGUGUUGCUGUAAACACCAUAGUGCCACACCCGCAACUAAAAUACACACAAUGCACAAAGAAACCCUGCCCUGCAUUCAAGGGUAUCUAGAUUAUAAAACACACAUUGAGGACGCCUGACCAUGGAUUAUCAUUGAUUUAGUGAUCUUUGUACCAGUUGUCGGAAGUCCCGCCCCAGCCCAAACACGUUCCUUCCUUAGGUCUUUCUUCAAGGUAUUAUCUGAAGCCUCAACUUAACGUCUUGCUUUGAAACUAAAAUUACGCGGGACUUACGCCAUUCACGUAGUUACGUCACUUGCUGCAAAACAAGUUUGCCUUGUGCCGGUUAAACGCACUACAUGUACUGAUUUUGUUCCAAAAAGUAGAACCACUCUCUACAUUCUGCAAAAACCUUUCGCAGCCUACAACAACCUGAAUUGUUGCAACACAGGUUUGAUUCGUGGUGGUAAAACGCGCCACAUCGCUCUUCAGCUCGUUUUGCCUUAGUGCAGCAAUGGUGUAAAACAAGUUACACCUGUUUGUUGCCCGUUUUAACAUACCUUAAAAAGAAACGAUUUUUAAUGUCUUACAGAUUUUAAUGGGAAGUACAAAUGUGCGAGUAGGCAGUACAAUAUUCGGUGCCAGACAACCCAAACAACCAAGCAGUGCCAAUGCUGCGGGGGGAAUUCUUCAUCAAUCUCCGCGGGAAACAGUGUUAUCCGGUGGGACUUCCCAACCAAAAACGUCCCAAGGAACAAACCCAGCACCCGGUGCGGAACAAGACACUUUUCCUCCGGAAAGUUUCAAUGUCCACUAGCAGUGACAAUAUGUGUGACAAAAAUUAUGGUUUCGCACGCUGCGGGUAUAUGGGAAAGCGAUAUAUCGAGCAUUACAUCAUUUGUUGCCCUAAUCAAGGAUGCUGGUGUAGCAAAGACUCCAUGCCAAGGAACCUUACCUAACUUCAUUAACGCCUCCGCAAGUUUGUGAUGGGUAAUUCAAGCGACAUGAUGGAAUAUGCGCUUGAUAGCCUAUGAUAACAAUGAGUCCUUGAUGAAAAAUUCUUUGGAUUGCCGGUGUUAAAGUAACGCGCGCAAUUGAAAACAGAUUAAACGCAUACAAAUGAACUCGUAAGAUAUCUUAUUUAAGGGUUUUUGAUCAAAUAUAGGGUCUUAAAUGACGUAACGAAAUACCAUAGUACGCUGUUAACUUGAAAUGUUCUUCAUUGUGGACGUUUUUCCCUUCAUCCAUCCAUUCCACAUCUCUUCCCUGGUAUAAAGAGGGUUUUAAAGACUACGUCCGUGCAGACCAACAGUCUUCAGAAUUCCUGAGUAAAACUGUUUGUCAGUGGGGAUGAAGUGUCUUCGAGUGUCUCACAGAAAGAUUUUUUCUGGGCUGUAUUGUCCCUGCACUUGGUCCCUCCAUGUAAGGUAUUCCGGAUCCAAAUCCGGGAAAUUGUUGCUUGUGGACUUUGGAAUACGGAAUUCAACUCAAAGAAUCCGGAAUAGCGCUAACGAAUGGAAUCUGGAAUUCAAGUUGCACUGACAAGAAUUCGGAAUCCACAGCGUGUAAUCCAGAAUCCAAGACUCUCUUGGAUUACUUCACACAGGGCAAAUUUGUACAAAUCGCAGGAACUUCUUACUGAUUUCUCACGGCAAUUGCUUUUCUAAGCCGGCAAUCGCAAUCGAACCUCAUUUGCCCCCAUGUUUGUAAUCAUAACCACAAACAUGCGAGCGGUGCGCGGAUUGUAAAUUUUUUGAAAUGGUCGUCAAGUUAAGGCUUGUGUCUCCAAAUACCGGUUAAUGAAAUCGCCUGGUCUCGUUUGAAAAUGGGUCGAUAACAGUUAGUGGAAUAUUAAAACAUUAUGGUUUUAGGGUUUUAACAGGAAAACUUAACCCAUCACAAGGGUGUUCGGAGAGUACUGCCGAGUAAAUAUCUGAGAUAUAUUUUCCAGCAAUUGGUUGCCCUUCAAUUCCUAAAGUCCAGAAGCUACUGCCAAAAAUGAGUUGAGAAAAUCAGAUGAAGCAAGAAUCAACGUUUGAAAAAUUGUAAAAAUUAAAAUUGUACCCUCAGGUGUUAUAGACUUGUUAGGGACGGAGAGUGAGAAUACACAGCACUCUACAAAGCAUGCACUAUCUCCAUAACUCUUUAUUGGUAUAUUAAGGUAACCUGAAUAAAAGAGAAAUUGUUAUGAAAUUCACCUUUGCAAAGUGUAAAAGCAGAUGACUAACGUGUUUUUGUUACUUGUAAGUGCCCGAUCAAAGUUUUUAAAACUAGAUGAUGACCUUUGCACGACCUUAACUGAACCAAAAAUAAUACAGCUGUGUUUGUCACUGCAGUAAUCGCAGGAACAUACUACAAAGUCCGGUCUAGUACCUCGUUCAAUCCCUACCCUCUACCGGUUCCCUUUCCAUUCUUCAUGCCUGUAGGACUAACAUAAAACAGUAGGCUAUUUUUUGUCGUUUUCUGAGCAACCUAGCCUGAUCGUGACUCUCUUGUGAUAGAAAUCGGCG